AUGGCGGGACGAUGUCGCACUGGACAGGGUGGUGGAAAGGCUGGAGGGAAGGUUAAUGGUACUGCUGGAAACUCCCCUCUGUCAAACACGGAACACUCUCCUGAGAAAAGUCCGCUGGUGUCGGCACAAGCCUCCCCUCAAGCUCUUCCCAAGACGGCGGUCGACGUGCUGGGUGACGUGGUGAAGAUCUCCUUGCAGGAACGCUUGUCUGCUGUGAAGGACAACGGGCUUAAGGACAACGAAGAAGGGAACGUGUCUCAGCAUCAGCAGCCGGGCUCGUCAGGCGCUGGGUCAUCUGAUCGUCAGCCGGCACCUGUGACGGAGGCAGCGGGAUGCAGCAAGUACGUGGUUGAAGAUAAAUGCUGGGACAGUGACGACGACGAUGACUUCGACCCGACUGCGGUCAAUCUCCUCGCAACACAAGUCAGCUUCCCGAUCACGCUCCUGAUUCCUAUCAAGUGGGAAAGCGAGGUCCCGAAGCUAAAGCAUACGGUCAUUGCGCACCUAGAUCACUGGAAGGCCUCGUUGACGGCUGACGCUCAGAAGACUAUGAGCGCGGGGAAGCAAAUCAAAUGUAAAGACUGGCUAAGGAACAAGGCGGACAUUGCGAUACUCACAGACACGCGAAUUCAGGCAGAUCACAACUUCUGGACACAGUUUAAGCCGUCCACGGUGUUGGCUGUGGAGCCAGCUGGGUCGGCAGGAGGUGUGGCGGUGUUGAGCUUCGCGCCUGGGGUGGACUUCACGAGCACGUAUACACAUGCAUCAGGAAAGCUGGCAGGGGUGGUGAUCCGUUGGGGUGACCUGGAGUUGAUCCUGAUUGCGAUAUACUCACCGGCGCAACCGGAGAACAGGGCUCCCUUUUACAGGGACUGCCUGGAGCCUUUUUUGAACACCUUACCAAAGUUGCCGAACAUCCUGGUGAUGGGUGACCCGAACGUAGUAGAGGACCCAGCGUUGGACAAGUCAUCAGGAGUGGGGUCGUGGAGUAGAGAACCGGAGGCUGAUGGGGGAGUGAGCACCAGAAUUGACCGCGCGUUGGUGACGCAACCGCUGUUGAGCAAGCUGGUGAAGGUGCAGCACGCAGACAUCACGAACAAGAUGAUGGACCACUGGAGUGCGGUGGUGGUUGCGCUUGAGUUGUCGGAGGUGGUCGAUAGAGGGCCCGGCAUCUGGCGGUUAAGGGCUGCGCAGACAAAAAAGAGAGGGGUCAGAAAUCGGGUGGAGCGGGUGCUCAAGGACGCAGGCGGGGAUCUCAGCAGGAUGCUGCCCAGGCUGACUGCGUGCCUGCGGGCGUACACAUGGGAGGAAAAGAAGAGGGUUGGGGCGACAAAAAGACAACUGGAGAAGGAGGUGAAGAUCUUCAAACAGCGGCUGUCGCAAAACCCGAACUGCAAGCGAACAGGAGCAAUCCUACUCAAGAAAGAGGAGCUACUCGAUGCGUAUGAAAAAAGCAACCAUGAGAAGCUGCAGGAGUGGCUUGGGGUAAAAGCGGAGCUGGAUGGGGAGACGACAACCGGUUUCCUGUCCGGGAAGGUGAAAGUGCGUAAGGCAAAGACGGAAAUGUCAGUUGUUCAUUUCAAGGGAAGAACUCACUCGGGUGCAAGGGAGGUGCUCGUGGCGGCGACAGAUUUCUUCAGAGACUCCUUCGGCGGGCGUGGGGAGACAAGUUCACGUGUGUCGGAGCCGAGAGCUAUGAGCCGGACGCUAUGCGAAGCUUGCCGAAAUGCACUCAGCGCACCAUGGUCGGAGGAGGAAGUUCAGACGGCGGUGCGUGAGCUAGCCUCGGGGAAGUCACCCGGGCAGGAUGGCCUUCCUAAGGAGCUAUUUGAGCAUAACUGGGACCUGCUCGGCCCAGUGUUGAUGAAGUUUGUUGGCGAUUUCACGCGAACGGUGGAACUUCUUCGUGAAAUCUCAACUGCAGUCACGAUCCUACUGCAUAAGAAGGGGAGUAAGGAGGAGUUAGGGAACUACAGGCCAAUCACGCUGCUGAGCACGAUCUACAAGGUGCUGGCGAAAGUAAUGGCGACAAGGUUUAAGAAGGUCCUACACGAGGUGAUCUCGGAGGAUCAGGUGGGGUUCUUACCUGGUCGGAAACUGGAGGACGCCGUUGCGGUGGUGGCGGAUGCGAUUGAGGUAGGGGACAGCAGCGGGAAGGAUUGGAUCCUUCUAAUGGUUGGUUUUCAGAAGGCCUUCAACUCCAUCUCGAGGCCUUUCCUUUUCCGUACGCUGCGAGGGAUGGGAUUUCCGGAGAAUUUUGUGUCUUGGGCGGAAGGCCUGCACACAGGAGCAGGAACCCUCCUGCACAUCAAUGGGUGA